AAACCCCGCCCCUUCACGCCCCCCGCCCCGCCCCAUAGGCCCCGUCCGUGGCCCCGCCCCGCCGCGAGCCGGUGCCGGGUCCUCUCAGCGAUCGCGGGCGGUCGCGUCCACCCCCGACGCUCUGAGGUCACCGACGGGGCCGGACCGCGGGGGGGCGGAGGGACGGAGGGAAGAUGGCGGCAGAGGCCGGAUAUUGGCGCCGCCUCCCCCAAUCCCGGAGCCGGCGCAGAUGAGGCAGCUCGGCUGGGGCCAGCGGCGCUUUGGAACCCGAGCUGGGGGGACCCUGGCGGUGGGGCCUGGUCCUGCUAUAUGCCGGCGCCUCGGCUAGAGUGAGCGGCGGCGACGCCUCUUUUCUCCGGCUCUUUCCCUGUCGCUGCGAGAGCGAGCGGGCGGCUGAGGCGGCGGGGCCGGGAUGGAGGACGUUAACUCCAACGUGAACGCGGACCAGGAGGUGCGGAAGCUGCAGGAGCUGGUGAAGAAGCUGGAGAAGCAGAACGAACAGCUGAGAAGCCGCUCAGGGGCCGUGCAGGGCGCCGGCUCUCUCGGGCCCGGCAGCCCGGUUCGGGCCGGCGCGUCCACUCCCUCCUCCGGCGCGGCGUCUCCUCGGGGCUUCCCCUUGGGCCUCAGCGCCAAGUCGGGCGGCGGGGCCGGGUCGGGCCCGAGGCGGACGAGUAGCGAAGAGCUGCGGGACGCCACCUCCUUGUUGGCGGCGGGCGAGGGCAGCUUGCUGGACGAGGUGGAGCCGCUGCGGCCCGACGAGCUGGAGCGUUUGUCGGGCUGGGAAGAGGAGGAGAGCUGGCUGUAUUCAUCACCAAAGAAAAAACUUACACCAAUGCAGAAAUCGGUUAGUCCAUUAGUUUGGUGCAGGCAAGUUUUGGAUUACCCAAGUCCUGAUGUUGAGUGUGCUAAAAAGUCUCUUAUCCACAAACUUGAUCAAACUAUGUCAGCUCUCAAGAGGCAGAAUUUAUAUAAUAAUCCUUUCAACUCUGUGAGUUACACAAGUCCUUACAGUCCAAAUGCCAGUAGCCCAUACAGCAGUGGCUUCAAUUCUCCAUCCUCAACCCCAGUGCGACCUCCUAUAGUCAAACAGCUUAUACUUCCUGGAAAUUCAGGUAACUUGAAAAGCUCAUCAGACAGAAAUCCUCCACUCAGUCCUCAGUCCUCUAUAGAUAGUGAGUUAAGUGCUUCAGAAUUAGAUGAAGAUUCAAUUGGAUCCAAUUAUAAGCUAAAUGAUGUAACUGAUGUACAGAUUCUAGCCCGGAUGCAGGAAGAAAGUCUCCGGCAAGAAUAUGCAGCCACCACGUCUCGGCGCAGUUCUGGUUCUUCUUGCAAUUCUACAAGACGGGGUACUUUCAGUGAUCAGGAACUUGAUGCACAAAGUUUAGAUGAUGAAGAUGACAAUAUGCAUCAUGCAGUAUACCCUGCUGUUAACAGGUUUUCACCAUCACCACGCAAUUCUCCUCGACCGUCACCUAAGCAGUCACCCAGAAAUUCACCUCGUUCACGAUCUCCUGCUCGGGGAAUAGAAUAUAGUAGAAUGUCCCCACAGCCUAUGAUUAGCCGCUUACAGCAACCUCGCCUUUCACUUCAAGGCCAUCCCACAGAUUUACAGACAAGCAAUGUUAAAAAUGAAGAAAAACUAAGACGCAGUCUUCCAAACCUGUCCCGAACAUCUAAUACACAAGUUGACUCAGUGAAAAGCAGCAGAAGUGACUCAAAUUUUCAAGUGCCAAAUGGAGGAAUACCUCGCAUGCAACCUCAGGCUUCAGCCAUACCUUCUCCAGGCAAAUUCCGUUCCCCUGCAGCACCAUCUCCUUUGGCUCUUCGGCAACCAGUGAAAGCAUUUAGUAAUCAUGGCUCUGGUUCUCCUGGUAGCCAAGAAAUAACACAGCUCGCACAAACCACCUCCUCUCCUGGGCCUCUUAUGGUUCAGAACACAGUCUCAGCAAAUCCUCCCAGCAAUAUCAACAGUACUACUCUAACCAGACCAGCAGGGACAACUGCAAUGAGAAGUGGCUUGCCCAGACCCAGUGCCCCUUCUGCUGGGGGCAUACCAGUGCCUCGCAGCAAACUUGCACAACCUGUUCGCAGAUCCUUGCCAGCUCCUAAAACCUAUGGUAGCAUGAAAGAUGACAGUUGGAAAGAUGGCUGUUAUUGACCAGCAAAGACAAGAAUGCAGAAGUCCACGGCUUCAUGGAUACCCUUCACAAGGCUAAAAACAACUUUUAUAUGCAGACUGUUCAGAUAAGACUCGUGGGAUUUAUAAAAUCCCAGCCCUCUCUGUCUUAAUUAGCACAAACUGACAGAGAUCAUCAAACAGCACUUUAAUGACAUUUAACAUCAGAUGUGUUUGGUAAUCACACAAUCACUCUCCAUAGAAUCACUUUUAGUUUUGUUUAAUAGAAACUAGGAUGAUUUUUUAAAUAUUUGACAGAGGCCAAUAUCUGGGCAAAUACUUAAUGGAUGCCAAAGAGAAAUGCCCAUUUGUAAAUGAGAAAAAUGCCCAUUUGUGCGUAAGAAAAUGGUGAAUUCAAGCUAUCCAAAACUUCACAUUCAACUAAUUUACUGUAUAAAUAGUAUCAAUAAAUAUUUCUGUUAAUGAGAACUAAUAUUCUGACUAAUGAUCUAAAGUGUUUCACUAAUACACCAGGAAACUACAGAUAGAGAUUGGGGGUGGGAGGAAAGAAGGCUGGGCUAAGAGAUUGAAAACAUCCCUAAAUUUGGGAGAAUUUCAGAAAUUAUUUUUGCAGAUUCAUUAGAAAAAUUGUCACUUAAUCUUAAGUUUUGGAUGUAGCUCACAUAUCACCACCAUCAGAUAGUGUUACAGCAUGCAUCCAUCAUGUUGCAUUGACACAUCGAACUUUCUGUGUGUUUGUUUUGAUUGCCAAAAGGGCUUAAUAUCAGUUGUACAAUCUUUCUAAACUUUAUAGUUCCUGGCUCAGGAAAGAUGGCCUUUGCUAUUGAAGCCAACUUCUUCAUAUGCUGUUAUCUUUACAGAAUUAAGAGAUCCUGUUUCUAUUAGCAGGUUUUCACGAUAGGAAAGAACAAGUAAUCUGUGUCUUUAUUCUUGAUACACCACCACCUCAGUGCUUACAACCUGGAACAAAACCAUACAAUGAGAGAGAGGGGGAAAAAAAUCUAUGCACUUAACCUACAGAAUCUCUGGUGAUGACAGUUGUAUUGUUGCUGUUACAUGGCAUAAUGGUCUAUUAUGUGGUAGGAAAAUAAUAGCCUGCUAAAUGCUACUUGAGUUGAUCCACUUGAAACUGAGUAACUGUAUAAACAACAUCUAUUGAAAAUUCUUUCCCUUUUGACUUAGAUUCUGCCUUACAUCAAUUUUUUGCAUUUUUGGUAAUAAACCUACUACAUAUAACUCUUACCUGAUAAAUACUUGUUCUCUAACGGCUCGUAAUAUAUCUUGAGGUCACCUUUUUCAGUUUUACCAGACUAUUACCAGAGUAAAACUUCCUUCUGUGGCAGGCUUCUCAUUUUUUUAUUACGAGGUCUGUUUUUAAAUACCUAAUUUGAACAGCUCUAAGAUAUUGGCAGUUAGGUCAUCUAAAAGCUUUUAGAGAUUUGAACAUAAGUUCAUUUCCUGUUAAAGACAUUCCGUAAGUUGGCAAAAGAAAUUGGGGAGAGAGAAAUGGAAGGCUUGAUAUUCAGGGCAGCAUUAAGGUUAAUAGGUUGAGAGAAUGAUGAAAAAACCAGGACCUCCAUUCUGUCAUGACUGACACCAUGGUAGUCUACCAGCUUGACCAGUGGGGAGUCAUUUAUUUAGCACAAGCAGCUGGAGAUUUAAACUGCCAGUACUAUGUUUUGGUGUAUAAUGCAAGGAAGAAACUUUAUCCUUGAAUUUGAGGGUAAUGGGGUGGGUCAGGAAAGGAUGGCGCCAGAAUUCUACAUGAUAAUGAACUCAAAAUAUGUUGCUUUUCAGAGGGAGAUAAAGCAUCUUCUUUUGGGAGGGGUAUCUCGUGUCUAAGUAAUUAAAAGAACUAGCUACUGUCUCUUAACCACAUACAAAACAAAACAAUUCUCAGUUUUCAGUGCAACAUUUCAAAAAAUAUAUAUAUGCUGCAAUCUAAUAAUUAAAAGGAAUUUUAACUCUAUUAUGAAACAUUACAUUUUUUAAGUUAGAUAAUCAGUUUCAAAAGGAGUAUUCAGGUUAUUUAACUUUGUUUUUGAAUGGCUGCAUCAGAAAAAAAUGUCUAUUUUUUUUUAAUUAAAAUAUUUCAUCACUUGUUAAAACUUACUUUGGAUCUGAGUUUGGUAAAGUAUUAUUUUACCUGCUGUUGUACUGCCACAGACUAUUGACUUUUAGUUUCCUAAAGAGAAAAAUUGCCUUUUUACUAGAAAGCCUUUGUGUAUCACAAUUUUUCUGUUUGGGAAAAUCUAAGGAUUUACUGUGGUUAGUCUUACAGAAGAAAUGUGGAUUUGAUAAACUAGUGCCUAUGAUUUUAACUUAUGUUUGAUAUAUAGUAGUAAGGGUUUUAUGAAUGUUGAUUAUUUUGUGCCAACAGCCCAGAAUUGUCACUUAUAUGUAAGCAGAAAACAAUGAGCUCUGCUUCCAAAGUUAUUUAAUUUUCUCAGUGUUUGAAUGUUAUUUUUUGUAAGUGUGUUAAUAAAAGUGUAAAGAAUUGGAAAAAAUAUAAAUAUUCUUAACUCAAGCAUUUGCUGGAUCAUUUUUCUACAAAACUUGUUUGUAUAAUAUAAAACACUCUCUGAAGAGUUGACUUUUUUUUUCAGUUUCAUAUCCUGGAAAUCACAUUUUGUAAAACUGGGGACCAUUCAUAAUUGUCAGAUACUUUUUAAAAUUAUCUCAAUACAUCACUUUUAUAAAAAGUUUUUUUGAAAGAAACUUCGAUACAUAUGAUGUGGCCCCAGAUGUUUGUAUAACUCUAGAAUGAUCUAGACUAUGUAUGUUUUAACUUUUUAUUGAAUGUACAGGUAUCCAUUUUUGACGUUACGCAUGGUCCUUUUAGAUCACAUGACGUUUGAUUUGCAAACAUUUCUAUAGCCGAAGUUGUAUAUGUGGUUGCCUCCUUAAUAAACAGCCUGACCAUAAUGUUUAUUAUUAAAUUUAUAUUUGUUUUUUAAGUGUUGAAU